AUGGCUCCUCACAGGACAGAGGCCACUUUCGUGGACAAGCUGAUGCUUGUGCCGCACAUUGCGAAAAUAAUCACAGCAGUAUGCAUCCGCCUGGUGACCUACCCACUAGUCGCCAUCACUGGCGGCACGAAAGCGAACAUGAUGCUCAAGGACAUAGCUUUUACUGGUCUCAGAACGCACAUGGGAAACUUGAACACUGCUCAAGAGAUCUUCCUCCUUCCACCCAGUACCGAAGCCACAUACCUCGAGUUUGCGAAGAAACAGGGCUUCCAGCCUGACUCCGAUGUCCUCGACUCCGGCAUGAAGGUACAUUGGCUGGGCAACAAAUCAGCAGAGAAGGUCCUUGUUUUCUUCCAUGGCGGCGGCUAUGCUGUCCCAGCUACUGAACAGCAUCUUAUCUGGUACUUCAAUUUAUCGAAGGAUCUUUCGAAGAAGACGAAACUCAGUGUUAUCAUGCCGAGCUACACUCUGAGUCCCCAGGGACAGUACCCAUUGCAGCUUCAGCAAGCCGCCGAGACACUUGACUUCCUGAUCAACAAGCAAGGCAAGAAGCCUAGCGAUAUUUUCAUCUCUGGCGAUUCCGCAGGCGGCAACAUGACCGUUUCGCUCAUGUCUCACCUCUUUCAUCCACAUCCAGCUGUGUCCAAAAUCGAUCUGAAAGAGCCGUUGGCUGGGGCAGUACUGUUGUCGCCAUGGGUCAGCUUCAAUACCAACACACGCAGCUGGAAACAGUUUGAAAACAGCGACAUGCUUGCAGUCAGUGCUGUUGAGAGGUGGGCAUCACAGUUUCUGGGCGAUAGAUCAGCGGACAACUAUGUCGAAGCCGCCAACGCAGACGCAAGCUGGUGGUCCGGCUUGGACAAGGUCGUGAAAGACGUGAUCAUCUGGGGUGGUGGCGCCGAGCGUCUUCUUGACGGCAUCAACGAGUUUGCCAACAAGUUGAAGUCUGCACACAAGAACACGGAAAUCGUCAUUGAGCCUGGUGCUGCUCACGACGAUUUCAUUGCCGAUGUGUUCCUGGGCAAGAAGGAGAAGUCAGAGGCCACCAAGGUUGUUGAGAGCUGGAUUGCUGAGAGGAUUUGA